AUACUCCAUCUCCAUGGUUUGCUGUGCUAGAAAAAAGCCAAGAGCAAUAACGAGAUAAAAUAAUGAUCAGUGCACCAGUUCUUGCGGCGAUAUCCAUAACAUAAGCUACCCUUUUCGCCUUAACACUGAUCCGACAACCUGCGGCAACCAAAACCUUCAGCUUGUUUGUGAAAACAACCUUACAGUAGUAUACUUGGAUUCAGCUAAAUAUUACGUUCUAUCUAUUAAUUACAAUAACUUCACAAUUCGAAUAGUAGAUGCCCUUAUCCAAAAGGAUAACUGCUCCUCCUUUCCUCGCCAUUCUUUGAACCGUUUCCGUGAUCGGUAUUGGACUACUCCAUAUAACUGGUAUUAUUGGCCAAGAGGAGCUAAGUAUUAUGAUGAAUACAAUAAGAGCAUAGUUUUGGUAAACUGUGAACAUCGAAUACUGGAUUCUCGGCUUUAUGUGGAUACUCAUCCUUGCAUCAAUAGCACGUAUUAUUCAGGUUAUUGGUAUAUAAUGCUUGGCUCUCGCUCUACUUAUGUGAGGGAUUUGGUGGAUUCUUGCCGUGUUGAGCAGAUAGUUAUGGCAUCUUUUCGGCCACAAGAAGCGAUGGACAUUUCAUAUCUGGAUGUUCACCGCAUUAUGUCAUAUGGGUUUGAGAUGUCAUGGUUUUGGGCUUGCUGUGACAACUAUCAGGAAAACCGCUGCAACAUUGCCAACAUUACGAAAUACUGUUACAGAACAAGAACGAACUGGCUCCGUGUAGAUGUCGGCUCGCUGCUUCAUAGCGUUCGCCACCUGGGUAGGAAAGAUACUUAUGGUUUUCUUGGAUUAGGAGAGAUAUUUAAUGAUGCGCAUUACUUGAUUUUGGACCUGUAUGCUAACCGCAUUCCCAAUGGCAGGUCAAUAAGAUAUGCCCGAUAUUAUGUCUUGGGUUUGCUUCCUUAUUUAAUUUCUAUCUUUGUGUUAUAUCGUGCAACAUUAACCUUAUGUGGGAUAAUAGGUCUUCUCUCCUUUUGGAUUUAUAAAUGGCAAAGGAGACAUUUAUCAAAAUAUGAUAAUAUUGAAGAGUUUCUUCAAAGUUAUGAUAAUCUCUUCCCAAUUAGAUAUUAUGAUAAUCUCCUUCCCAAUUAG